AUGGAGAAGACUAAUUGCUUCCUCUUGUCCAUCUCCUUACUGGUAAACUGUUUCAUGGUUUGCUUGUCUAGCUCCAUCACAAACUUAACCACCGACCAAUUUUCUCUUCUUGCCUUCAAAACUCUAAUCACUUAUGACCCUCAACAUGUAUUGGCAAGUAAUUGGUCCUCCACUACCUCAGUUUGCAAUUGGAUUGGUGUCUCUUGUGGUCUCACCCACGUGAGGGUCACGGCCUUGAAUGUCUCUCAUUUUGGUCUCCAAGGCACUAUCGCUCCACAUCUUGGAAAUCUCUCAUUUCUAGUAUCACUUGAUAUCCGCGAUAACAAUUUCAAUGGAAAUAUACCCAAGGAGUUGGCUCGUUUGCAUCGACUCAAAGAAAUCCAUUUGCAAAACAACAAGCUCACAAGUGCAAUACCAUCUACCAUCUUCAACAUUUCUUCUUUGAGAAGAAUUGAUUUCACAAACAAUAGUUUGUCUGGAAGGUUGCCAAUAGAUAUGUGCAACAAUCUUCCUAAACUUGAAGGACUCUAUCUUUCUCGGAAUCGGCUUCAUGGACAAAUUUCAUCCACUUUAUACAAAUGUAGGGAGCUUCAAUAUUUGUCAUUGUCAUUCAAUGGCUUUGAUGGAAACAUACCUAGAGAAAUUGGCAAACUGACUAUGCUCAAGGAGUUAUAUAUUGGUAAUAACAACUUGAAAGGUGUAAUUCCUUUGGAGAUGGGUAAUCUUCCACAUCUGGAAAUAUUGAGCUUUCAAAGUGGCUCUCUAACAGGCCCCAUUCCAUCUUUCAUCUUCAACAUUUCUUCUUUGAAAAGUAUUGAUUUCACAAAUAAUAGUCUGUCUGGAAGUUUGCCAGUCGAUAUGUGCAUCCAUCUUCCUAAACUUGAAGGACUCUAUCUUUCUUGGAAUCGGCUUCAUGGACAAAUUCCAUCCAAUUUAUACAAAUGCAGGGAGCUCCAAUAUUUGUCAUUGUCAUUCAAUGGCCUUGAUGGCAGCAUACCUAGAGAUAUUGGCAAAGUGACUAUGCUGAAGGAGUUAUAUCUUGGUAAUAACAACUUGGAAGGUGUAAUUCCUUUUGAGAUGGGUAAUCUUUUACGUCUGGAAAUAUUGAGCUUUCAAAAUGGCACUCUAACAGGCCCCAUUCCAUCUUUCAUCUUCAACAUUUCUUCUUUGAAAAGUAUUGAUUUCACAAAUAAUAGUCUGUCUGGAAGUUUGCCGGUAGAUAUAUGCAUCCAUCUUCCUAAACUUAAAGGACUCUAUCUUUCUCGGAAUCGGCUUCAUGGACAAAUUCCAUCCAGUUUAUACAAAUGCAGGGAGCUCCAAUAUUUGUCAUUGUCAUUCAAUGGCCUUAAUGGCAGCAUACCUAGAGAUAUUGGCAAAGUGACUAUGCUCAAGGAGUUAUAUCUUGGUAAUAACAACUUGGAAGGUGUAAUUCCUUUGGAGAUGGGUAAUCUCACACGUCUGGAAAUAUUGGGCUUUCAAAAUGGCACUCUAACAGGCCCCAUUCCAUCUUUCAUCUUCAACAUUUCUUCUUUGAAAAGUAUUGGUUUCACAAAUAAUAGUUUGUCUGGAAGUUUGCCUAUAGAUAUGUGCAUCCAUCUUCCUAAACUUGAAGGACUCUAUCUUUCUCGGAAUCAGCUUCAUGGACAAAUUCCAUCCCAUUUAAACAAAUGCAGGAAGCUCCAAUAUUUGUCAUUGUCAUUCAAUGACUUCAAUGGCAGCAUACCUAGAGAAAUUGGCAACUUUACUAUGCUCAAUGAGUUAUAUCUUGGAAUGAACAACUUGGAAGGGUCCAUCCCAUCUUCAAUCUUCAAUACUUCUUCUCUGAGAAUAAUUGAUUUCUCAAACAAUCGUCUGUUUGGACGUUUGCCUUUCGAUAUCUGCAACCAUCUUCCUAAACUUGGACGACUUAAUCUCUCUUGGAAUCAGCUUGAAGGGCAUAUUCCAUCUAAUUUAUACAAAUGCAAGGAGCUCCAAGAUUUAUCACUGUCAGACAAUGGCUUUAAUGGCAGCAUACCUAGAGAAAUUGGCAACCUGACUAUACUCAAGGAGUUAUAUCUUGGUAGAAACAACUUGAAAGGUGUAAUUCCAUCAGAGAUUGGUAAUCUUUAA